UAUUGUCAUUGGUUUCUUCGUAUGAGGCAACUUCCUACGUAGCAUCGAGAGCCUGCGCUCAUACAUUCCCCGUGGCUAGCUGUAAGCCUUUGUGGAUGUCACCGGUCACAAGACGUAUACUACUAUGCCUUGCAUUAGUGAGAUAGUAGAGGGUCAAGAUUUGAUUUGAGCACCGUGCUGGUUCAGAGCUUCAGACUACUGCAUUUCGACUGCUGCUCAGUCGUCAUGGGAAUAAUAAUGGCACGGUUAACUGUGGUAAUUGCAUUAUUAAUUGUUUGUGCUGCUUCUAACGAUACGGAUAGUCAAGAUGCUCAGCAAAUGGAAAAGAUGCGACAAUAUAUGGAAUACGUAAUGAGCUUAUAUGUGACAAAGGAGAAUAUUUCGUCAUGCUAUGAUUUUGUAGUGGUGGGUGCCGGUUCAGCGGGGAGCGUUGUGGCCAACCGACUGUCUGCGAACGGAACAUUUAAUGUACUGCUCCUCGAGGCUGGAGGCAUCGAGACACUAGACUUGGCCACUCCUUUCUUUUCUUUUCUUGCCGCCAACGAGAACAACAGCUGGAUGUACGUCACUGUACCACAAAAUAAGUCAUGUCUCUCUUUCCCUGGGCAGGUGGCUGUGAUGACUCUAGGCAAAAUUAUGGGCGGCACCAGCUCCAUCAACUCAAUGAACUUUGUACGCGGGAAUAAGCAUGAUUUUAACAUGUGGGAAACACACUAUAACGCCACGGGCUGGAACUACACGAGUGUGCUGGAGAACUUCAAGGCCAUCGAGAACUUCAACAUAAGCACCGUACCGGAAGCAGAGAGAAACGAAUAUCACGGCAAGACAGGAGAGACACCCAUUAACUAUCCAGCGUACAACACGUCACUGAGCUACGCAUUUCUUAAUGCAUGCCGAGAUUCUGGCUACGACUACAUCGAUUACAAUGGCGCAAACCAUACAGGUUACUCAAGGGUGCAAUCAAACACGGCCAAUGGAAGCAGAAUGAGUGCAAACAAAUGCUUCCUACUAAGUGUACAAAAAAAUCGUACAGAAAAUCUUCACAUAUCGAUCAAUAGCACUGUCACUAAGAUAAUUUUCGACGAGAAUAAAAGAGCCACUCAUGUCAUCUUUACCAAAGACGGUGAAGAAAUGAACGUGACUAUCGGAUACGAACUAAUCCUCUCCGCGGGAGCCAUCAACUCUCCAAAGCUGCUCAUGGUAUCGGGAGUCGGGCCCAAAAAGGAUCUGAAUGCAAGCAAUAUCCCGUGUGUGUUGGACCUGCCAGUUGGCGAAGGGCUCAUGGAUCACGCCAUUUUUCUAGGCCUCGUAGUAACUACGAACCAGGAUGAAGUGGGAAUACUGAAAAUAAAUGAUAGUAUCAAACAGUACGAGUACAAUCAGACAGGGCUUCUCACCAUACCGGGAGCUUUUGAAGCAUUGCUUUUCACCUCUAGCUACAAUGAAACAAUAGAAAAGGAAAAGGAAACAGACUGGGCUGACAUAGAAGUGGAACUUACGGACUUAUUUCCUAGACCAGAUAUCGAAAAGUCACCUUAUGUUUCGCACGAGACCUUUUGUGAAUACUAUAUGCCCAUGUUCAACCACACUGGCUUCAUGCCAGCUGUAGCCAUGGUGCGACCAAAGUCUCGUGGCACCGUCAAGCUAAACUUCACACACCCGAACGAAAUGCCGCUAAUCGACCCUCAAUUUUUGUCUGAAGAUGAGGAUGUGGAAAGAAUAGUAAACGGUACGAUUAAAAUAAUGAAACUCUUUAAUACAUCGGCCAUGCAAGCCAUUGGCGCGAAAAUAUGGGAUGGCUUUUACCCUUACUGCAAGAAUUACACCAUCUGGUCCAAGGAGUACAUAGACUGUUUUGUCCGACAGGCUGCUUUCCCUGGACAACAUGUCUGCUGCACUUGCGCUAUGGGAGAGCACAACCGCUCAGUUGUCGAUUCAAGACUCAAGGUCAGAGGAUUACAAAAUGUGAGAGUCAUUGACGCUUCAGUGAUGCCCCAAAUCACAUCCGGCAACAUCAAUGCUGCAGUAUUGAUGAUCGGCGACAGAGGAGCGAAGAUGAUAAUUGAAGACCACAAUCAUACUAUAGAAGCUAUUCGGGUAAAAAAAGAAGCAGCGAUUUAAUAAUGAAGAAUGUUAUUUACAUCAUUUAAGGGCUC